AUAAUCAACUCUCCAAAACAAUCAAGCUAAUUAGACCCACAAAUUUUUUUUUUUAAAAACCCACAUAUUUCUUAUCUUCUUUAGCUCUUGCAAAAAAAAAAACGCUCUUUGUUCAAAUGGCGAUGGCCCAAAUCGAUCGCCACAUGAGGAUAGCAGAAGAAGCUUUCGCUAUGGUUGACAAAUUCUACGGUAAGACCCCCCGGACGAACCCUAAACCUAACCCUAAUCCGAUCAGAGACCGAUUCAACAAGCCUAUCGAGCGAGCCAUCAACUGCGACGACGCGUUUCGCCGCUUCGGAGGGGUGCUUAUAAAGGAAUUCCGCAAUUAGGGGGGCGAAAUCGGGUUAUAGUAAAAGAUGGGGGGUAUAACUUUAUAAAAACGUGAUAGUUUCUAGCUUUGUUAAAAAGUUAAGACCAACACAUAUAUAUGCUUCUUGUAACAUAUAUAUAUAUAUAUAUUGUGAAGCUUGAAGUGAAGGGUUUUCUUUUUUCACUUGGAAUAAGCUUUAGAAGCGAAAGUGUUUGAGUCUGUUUUGUAGCACACACGUGCUUUUAAGUUAAAAGCUUUGUUCAGAAAAUCUCCUGUCGUUUAAUGUAAAAUAUCUUAUAAUCGAUAUAUAUACGUACUCUCUUUCUAUA